AUGGCAAGAACUCGCCUCGCAGCGUUUCUUAUCGGCAUGGCGAGCUUCUUCUCCAUCGUUGCCGGCCAACUCCGACCAAUGCCUGCGGGUGGCCUUCCCGGUGAUCUCUUUGCCCUAGGAAUCGCCUCUAAAAUCCGCACCGACUGCAACUCAACGGCGAGCGCGUCGUCAGACUUUGGCCGCAUCAUGGAGGCCGCCCCGGAAGCUGUUCUACACCCUGCCACGCCCGCCGACAUCGCCGCGCUCAUCCGGUUCUCCGCGUCCUCGCCGGUGCCAUUCCCCGUGUCAGCGCGCGGGCAGGGCCACUCCGUCCGCGGGCAGUCUCUCGCUCCGGGUGGUGUUGUCGUCGACAUGUGCAUGCUUGGGCGCGGUCACCACCGCAUCAACGUGUCUGCGGACUACGUCGACGCUGGCGGCGAGCAGCUGUGGGUCGACGUCCUCCGCGCGACGCUGAAGCACGGCCUUGCGCCCCGCUCGUGGACGGACUAUCUGCAACUCACCAUCGGCGGCACGCUCUCCAAUGCUGGCAUCGGCGGGCAAGCAUUCCGGCAUGGCCCGCAAAUCGCCAAUGUGCACGAGCUUGACGUGGUUACCGGGACGGGUGAGAUGGUGACAUGCUCACGGGAAUAUCCUAUUUCCCGCUCGUUGCGUCAAACUACCGGCGCUUCGCAAAGGCGAGCGUCCGAGCAGCGACACAACGGGGCGGCCCAUUUAACUGUUCAAACGCCACCGAGGUUGUGUGUUCGAGUCGUAUUGCUGGAGCAUGUGGUUGCGUUCACCAGAGACCAGGAGCUGCUCAUUUCUAAGCAGGCUAGCGAAGCCGGCUUCGACUAUGUCGAAGGCCAAGUCCAGCUUAACCGGACGCUAACUAAGGUCCCCAAGUCAACGCCCUUCUUCUCCGAAGCCGAUAUCAACAAGCUUGCUGGCCUCGCAUCCGAGACUGGCUCCGGUGCGAUUUACUUCUUUGAAGCCGCCAUGUACUAUGAUGAGACAACCGCCCCAUCCGUCGACCAGAAACUAGAGAUGGUGCUAGCUCAGAUGAGCUUUGUGCCCGGGUUCGUGUUCACCAAGGAUGUGACGUACUUCCAGUACCUUGACCGCGUGCGCGUGGAGGAGGCUGUGCUUCGGUCGGCUGGCGUGUGGGAUGUGCCACACCCAUGGCUGAACCUUUUCGUCCCCCGGUCACGCAUUCUCGACUUCAAUGCUGGCGUGCUCAAAGGCAUCCUCGGGGGUGACAACCCAGUCGGGCUCAUCCUCAUGUACCCUAUGAACACGGCCAAAUGGAACUCCCAGAUGACGGCGGUGACGCCACCCACUGGCGGGGACGUAUUCUACACUGUGGGACUUCUUCGGUCGGCUCUAUCUGCCGAUGAACUAGAGCGACUACAGAGGGAGAACCAAUCAGUGCUGCCAUUUUGUGACAAGGAGGGCAUCGAGUGCAAGCAGUAUCUGCCAUACUACACAUCACAAGAUGGAUGGCAGCGACAUUUUGGGGCCAAGUGGAGCAAUAUCGCUCAGCUCAAGGCCAAAUAUGAUCCCCACGCGAUAAUGUCACGGGGGCAGAGAGUUUUCCCCUUGCCAGGUGUGCCAGCGGCAAGCACGGCAACCACAUAG